GAAGUACACCAAUUAUCCAAGCUGUUAUCAGUACAUCCGUUGUAAAUACUUAUUAAAUAUUACUAUUUUGUGUGUCCUAUCAUACAUCUUUGUAAACAAGUUGAACAAACAAAAAUGUAGCAUUUUGGUUAUUGGUUAUCCAUUAACAAACAUCAUAUUUGAUGAUUGAUAAGACCUGUUAAACUUUGGUCAAUAUAUACCUCCUCAGGUAUUAAUUGAAAUAUAGUCCACAACGCGCAUUGCUCAAAGUCCCUCAGACCUAAAAACCCAAGGUGACACUUAGGAGAAUCCUUUACAAAGAAAAUGGCAUCAUCUGGAGUUUUAUCAUAUCCUGGAGGCACUGUGUUGCCCUACAGAUUCCCUGUGAGCCAAGGUGGACUAAACCAUGGCAACAUUGUUGUAGUACAGGGAUGGAUUCCUAAAAAUGCAAAAAGGUUUGAAAUUAACCUAAUCUGUGAUGAUGAUAACUGGGCCUUCCACCUCAACCCACGAUUUGCUGCAGGCUUCUUUGAGUCUGACCGUAUUGUUAGAAAUACAAAGAUAGGCAAUGGUUGGGGUCCCGAAGAAGAUUCUGGUGCAUUCCCACUGAAGAAGGAUUCAGCAUUUGACAUAGUUAUCCUUGUCCAAGAUGAUUGUUUCAGGGUGGCUAUAAAUGGCCAGCAUUACUGUGAAUACAACCACCGUGUAAUGAAGGAUAACAUCAGAGAAGUAAUGAUUGAUGGAGAUGUUGCCCUUAUUACAGCUACCCAACCAAGAGACACUGUGAACCAGUUCACACUUGAACAAGCCCUCUCUGAACCAGCAUUCAAUGUGAGUGUUCCAUACACAGAGCAGUUGCCAUCUGGUAUUCAACCUGGAACAAUGAUCUUCCUUGCUGGAAAAAUUAAGAAAGAUAGUCAGAGAUUCCACAUAAAUCUUCAAAGUGCUGACAUUGGAUCCCCCUAUGCUGACAUUGCCCUGCAUUUUAACCCUCGUUUCAAACCAAAGAAGCAGGUUGUCAGAAACAACAUGAACAAGGGCAAGUGGGGAGAUGAGGAGACUAAAGCCCCUGGAUUCCCAUUCAAACCAGACACACCCUUCACCAUCUUAAUCCUGGUAGAGGAAGAUGGUUUCAAGGUUGCUGUCAAUCAUCAGCAUUACCUUGACUUUGAACAUCGCAUGGCUAACCUCAGCACCAUCAAUACCCUUUAUGUUGAGGGUGAUGUUAUGAUCGCUGAAGUGAGGACACAAUAUUAAUGCAGCAGCAAAGCCAGACUAUGCUUAGCUUGCCAAUAUAUAAACAAUUUGGAUAUUGUCAUGACAUUUACCAGCAUCACUAGAUAUACACUAGUCAUGUAUGCAAGGAUAGAAGGACAACUAUGGAAAGACCAAUAGAAAGCAGCAACUAAAUUCUGAAUACUAAGCUGUGUUUGUAUUUUUGGUUACUUAGCAAAAUGAAAUCUCAUUUAUAUGCUUUUGUGCUCCUGUUUGUAUUUUUACAUUGAUGAUACUGAAGUAAUAUUAUUUAGAACAAGCUUUCAAGCUCAGGCUAUAUAACGACAGACCAAAGACAUAUAUUCAAUGAUACUGACAUACUUGUUGAAUUACAUACCUCUAUUUCCAUGGCUUCAAUGGCUAUCAAUGACUUCACAUAUCUGAGUGCAAGUGAAAUUUCAAAGAAAUGAAACAUGAACUCAUAAGAUUGUCAUAGUAAA